AUGGAUUCAGAUACCGCAGAUACCUCUGACCUCAGUACAGAUCAAGUUCGCCAGCUUGUCCAAAAGGCCAAUCGGAAGAACAAGAAGCGUGCUGGUGGCUUCCAGGCGAUGGGCCUCAGUCAGGCCAUUUUCAACGGGAUCGCCCGGAAGGGUUAUAAGGCCCCAACCCCGAUCCAGCGGAAAGCCAUUCCCGUCAUCCUCUCCGGUCGUGAUGUUGUUGCUAUGGCACGCACCGGAAGUGGUAAAACGGCAGCGUUUCUCAUUCCUUUGCUGGAAAGAUUAAAGCGACACCAGGAUACAGGUGCUCGGGCGCUUCUUCUAAGCCCCACGCGUGAGCUUGCUAUGCAGACUCUUGCUUUCACAAAGGAUAUCGGACGAUUUACAAAUCUCGUUGCUGCAGUAAUCGUUGGGGGCGAUAAAAUAAUCGCCACACCUGGUCGUUUACUGCAUGUCAUAAUGGAAAUGGACCUCACUCUCAAGUCCGUUGACUACGUUGUAUUUGACGAAGGUGAUAGACUGUUUGAGUUGGGUUUCGCCGAUCAGUUGAGGGAAACCCUUCACAGGCUGCCAACCAAACGUCAAACUCUCAUCUUCUCAGCCACUCUUCCGGGUAGUCUGUUGGAGUUCGCUCAGGCUAGUCUCACAGAGCCAGCACUCAUCCGACUGGAUGUGGACACAAAACUGAGCAGUCAGCUCAAAAUGGCUUUCAUCACCUGUCUUCCGUUCGAAAAGGAGGCUCUUGUCAUCCACCUCCUCCAGACCAUCAUUCCGGAAAAGGAGAAGGUUGUAAUAUUCUUCUCUACAAAACACCAUGUCGACUACAUGGAAUUGGUAAUCGUCGCCUCUUCUUUCCUUGCUAUCGCUUCUUCUGAGCAAGUGAUUAAUUUACUGCCUGACAAAAAGGUUUUCAAAGAGAUUGGAAUUGAUUGCACAGUGGUGCACUCGGGUUUGGAUCCGGUGGCUCGCAACAUGGCUGUGAGUAGUUUUCGUCAUGGUCGGGUGAGGUGUCUUCUCGUAACGGAUCUCGCUGCUCGUGGAAUUGAUGUUCCUUUGCUCGACAACGUCAUCAAUUUCCACUUUCCUGCUCAAGCAAAACUCUUUGUUCACCGUGUCGGUCGAGUGGCACGCGCCGGCCGUUCAGGGAUGGCCAUCUCCCUGGUGGACUCUGAUGAACUCCCCUAUUUGAUGGACCUCUUCGUCUUUCUGGGCAGGGAGGUGAUCACCUCCCAUGCCGCCAAUUCCGUACAGCAGACUGACUCUCCCGACUGGCCAAACGAGCUGCUCGGUUCCUGUCCCCGAGAUCUCAUCGUUGUCGGUGUGGAGAAUGUUACUAAACGGGAGGGGGAGAACGCUUCUCUGGCUUCCGCUGCAGCAGUGUGCAAACGAGCCCUGAAGAAGUAUAUGGCGACCCGACCGAAGGCCAGUGCGGAGUCCGUGCGUCGGGCGAAGGAUUUGCGGCUGCACAUUGCCACUCUUACUCCACAUCCCAUCUUUGCUACCCAACUAGCCAACGUUGACACACAAAAGGAGGCAAUUUUGGAGAUACUUCGUAAUCGAAAAUUACCUACAAUUUUUGAGGCACUGGGCAAGAGCGCCAACCCAGAAGCCUUCAAGAUGAUGCAAAAGAAACGAGACAUCCACGAUGGCCUCAUCUCCAGGACGGCCGCCGAGACAGAGGCCAAGAAGGCGAGGCUGUGUCUCGAGGAGGCAGAAAAACUGGCCAAAGCAAAAGCCUCGCAGCAAACUCGAGCCGCCGCCAAUGGUGAAAUAGCGCCACCAGAAGGAAGUACUUACUUCGUACCGAUAGCACGAGCAGAUGAAGCAACGGAGCGGGGACUGAGUAUGUCCGCCGCCGCUCUUGAUGUUGGUGUUAGCAACUUUGCCAUCUCUGCCGAGGCCGCUCGUCUCGACGUCCAGGGAGACGAGGUUGGUAUCUCCUAUGGACGUCCAGCAGGCUCGAAAAAGGUGCUGCAAGUUUGGGAUCGCAAGAGGAAGCGUUUCGUCAAUCCGGAAGUCGCUACUGGCAAAGCCAACGUGGCGCGCAUCAAAACGGAAAGUGGUGCCACCAUUCCUGCCUCCUAUAAGACCGACAAAUACAAGAUGUGGCUAAAGAAGAGCAAGGUGGAUACGGAGAAUUUGGGGGAUCAGACACAAUUGGGUGGUAGUGACGAGGCAACAAAAAAGAUGUCAAAGAAGGCGAAGGCAGAACCGAGUAAACCGAAGGAGCAGUUCACUAGUUUCUUUAACGCCCGCUACGGGAGCGUGGUAGAGUUUAUGGACCUGGAAGGUGAUGAGAAUGUGGAUGGAAAAUUCUUCAACCGACGCUCUGGCACGCAGUGGUCGAAGAGGAACAAAAAGGUUCAAAAUGGUGACGAGACCAAUAACACUGAUACCCAAGACGGUAGUGGAGGUGGAUUUAAGGUUGUGGGUACUAUGUCUCGAUUUCAUCGGAGCCUACAAAACGCUAAUAAGAGAAAGACUCUGGAGGAGAACAAGGGAAUAAAGCAAGCGAAGGGGAGUCGGACCUUUGGCCAGAUGCGGAAACCUGAACAAAUUCUCAAGCAGCGGCGUCGAAAGGAAAGGCAAAAUCAAUUCAGGCUGAAGAAUAAGGCUAAGAAGGGUGGUAGUGGAAAGGGCAAGAAGAAACACAGGCGCUAG